AUGGUCCCAACGGCACACCAUCCUCCACUGCGAUCGGUAUUCACAGAGUACUCCGGAGACUCUGGUAGCCAGCAGGGGACGCUGGACGGAACCUGCGAUGAGAACGGACUCCGGCGACAGAAGAGCGUCCGGUUUGCCAAGUCAAGCAAGAACGAUGCCGCCAAUGGCACCGGCAUCUCCCGACGCCGAAGUGUUCUGGGUCGUAUCGAAAACCAGCAGAAUUGCGCAGCGGCCCAGAAGACCGAUGAAUCGCCGUGCUUCAACCCAUUCACAGCCAAAUUUGUCGAGUCUCUGCCUCCUGCCGAGUCCUACAGACCGGUAGACGAGUGCGCAUCGGUCCCAGGUUCGUACAGGAAGCUCCGCAAGUCUAGAUCCAUGUUCUCCCCAACAGGUCAGACUCCCACGCCAAAGUACUACUUCAGCAAUUCUCCGGAGCAAGGAAAUCCCACACCUGCACUCAGGCGGAAGUCGAUGCAGAACAUCAAGGAGAACAAGUCACCAAAAAGAAACCGCAGUCUCAGAGCGCCAAAGUCCAUGAGCUUCCUGAAGUCCGCGGGAACAAGAUCCAACCUUCGGACGAAUGCCAGUGAAGGCGAAAACAGCGGAAACAACUUCGGUGGAGACGGACAAGCACCCCUUCAAAGCCGUACCUCGAGGUUGUUCACUUCAAACAAGGAGGGCAUUCGUCAAUCCAUGAGAGAUCCCUUAGCAGGCAACCUUGCGGUUCCGAAGCGCAACGGCUCCCUUCGCAAGAAAGCCCGAAAAGUCUCCAGUGGAAUGAUGGGCAAGGGCCAGAGGGGAAAAUGGAUUCACAAGCAGGGGUCGGAAGCCACGACGAAGGCGACAGAGACAUAG